AUGGCAUUUAAUUACAUACAUUUAUUUUUAAUUAAUUAAUUGUUUAGCUUAGCUAAGCUAAGUAGAAAUCAGAAAAUUCAAAAAAGUAAUUAAAUUUAAUUGAAUAAAAAUAUAUAAUAUAUAAUUAGUCAACUGCCCCAUGGGGGCAUACAUAAAAAACUGUGUGUUUCCCUAAAAUUAAGACCCAAUCUAAAAAAUUUAAUUUAUGCCCAGUGGGGCAGUUGUGUAAUUUUCUAUUAUAUAUUUUUAUAUAAUAAAAUUUAAUUACUUUAUGAACUUUUCUUCUUUCUACUUAGCUUAACUCAGCUAAGAAGCCAAUUAAAUCAAUUUAAAUGUAAAAUAAUAAAUGCCAUUCACUUAUCUAGUCGUUUCCAAACGACGAAAUUUUUCAAUGGCAUUUUGCUAUACUUAAAUAGAACAAAUUAUUAAUAAUUAAAUUAUUGUAAUUAAAAAAAUUGUUUGAGAAAAAAAAAGAUAAAAUAUGAGUAAAUUAUUUAUUUUAAUUUUAUUGGUUUUGGCUGUUAUAAACUGCUAACACCACAAUACUCAUGCUGA